UACGACUGGUCAACAAAGGCACGUGAUUCCCGAACGCGCUCCCAUAUUUGGCCGCAUACCUGGCAAAGUACAGUAGGGGCUUCAUUGCUUAUAAUUCAUGAUUGCGUCCAUAAAUCGUGCAAGCACACAGGAUUAUAGCGACAAAGAUCUACAAAUCGAGGCUUUAAAAAUCCAAGCAAAUGAGCUCUUACUUUGUAAACUCGUUCUCAGGGCGCUAUCCAAAUGGCUCCGACUAUCAGUUACUAAAUUAUGGGACUAACGGCGCUGUGAGCGGCUCCUUCAGAGACCCUGGCACCAUGCACUCCGGGUCUUUCGGCUACAACUACAAUGGCAUGGACCUAACGGUGAACCGCACCAACACCGGCGGCCACUUCCCGGCUGUGAGAGAUGAUGCCCGCGCUUUCGCCCCGGACGCUCGCUACAGACAGACGCCCAACUGCUCGCUCUCGUCUCCAGAUCCGGUGCCGCCGUCGUGCGCCACGGCCAGCCGGGAGCCGCUGGAACUAAAAAACCCCUCUCCACCAUCUGACCGGAGCGCGACCUCGGGCGUGAACAAAAACACCGGCGCUCACUUCACGGAGAUAGAAGACGCCACUGUCGCCUCCGAGACCGAGGAAGGCGCGCACAGCAGCGGCGGCGGCGGCGGCGGCAGCGGAGGCGGCGGCUCCACCGCCGGCGCGGCACCGCGGGCGCAGCAGCAACAGCACCAGGAACACAACGCCGCCUCCUCAGCUCCCACGAACGACUGCCAAACGCCACAAAUAUUCCCCUGGAUGCGGAAACUGCACAUAAGCCACGAUAUGACCGGACCUGACGGAAAACGGGCCCGAACUGCGUACACCCGCUACCAGACGCUAGAGCUGGAGAAAGAGUUUCACUUCAAUAGGUACCUAACCAGACGGCGGAGAAUAGAGAUAGCCCACGCCCUGUGUCUUUCCGAAAGACAGAUCAAAAUCUGGUUUCAGAACCGCAGGAUGAAGUGGAAGAAGGACAAUAAACUGAAAAGCAUGAGCCUUGUAACAGGAGGGAGCGCCUUCCAUAACUGAGUGUGGAAUUAAAAGAAAAGAAAUCCAUGAGUACUGUAAAACUAUUGAAAGCGCAGCACCUUCCAGCAUGCUAUUGUGAUAGAAAAAGAAGUAUUCUGUGGUCCUAAAAAUGCCAUUUUAGUUUACUGUUGUUGUACUAUGAUAGAUUAGAUGUCAUAUUUGGAAAAAGAUGUAAAUAAUACUGGGGGUAUUAAUUGUUCUUUGCUCUUUAUUGUAACUUGUUGACGGUCUAACAGGAGUAAAAUCUUUGUACAAUUAAAAAAAAAAAAAAAAAAAAGAAAGAAAAGAAAAGAAAAGAAAAAAGUUUCCAAACCAUAUGCUGCUCUUUAUUGAAUGUAAACCUGAUGUAUUAUGGGGCCAUUCAAAGCGCUUUAUUGUACGAUUUACUGCUAUUUUGAUCUUGUGGCCACGCCAUACAGACUUCCAUAAACAAGCCAAUGUUGUAGCUCUAGAAUAUUUUUUGUGCAUCUCUAUUUGUUUUAGACGUAACGAUGAGCAAUGCAAAUAUAUUCAACCUGUCAAUGUGAUCAAUUUUUAGUGCAAAGGGUUAUUCUGUGGAUAGGCAGUGAUGUACGCUUUUUUUCGCCAAUAAGCUUUUUGUAUUUGUAUAAGUGGACUCAUAGCGCUUGAAAUAAAGUUUCUCCGAAUU